ACGCAACUGCGAGAGAAUCUGCAACAUGUCGGCAUCGAAAGCUCCCUACUAUAAGCAUAAUAAUGGCACCCAAAUCCAGGCAAUCGGACUAGGCACAUAUACGUCGCUGGGAGGAGAUUGUGAACGGGCGACGUUGCAUGCAAUUGACGUGGGUUACCGGCAUAUAGACACCGCCUACUUCUAUGAGAAUGAGGGCGAGGUGGGCAAGGCGGUGCAAAAGAAAAUAGCGGAGGGUGUCAUCAAACGCGAGGACAUCUUUAUAACUACCAAGCUUUGGUGUCACUUCCAUGAGCCGGAAAGGGUUGAGGCUGCCUGUCGCAAAACAUUGCAAAACUUUGGUCUAAGCUACGUGGAUCUCUAUCUGAUGCACUGGCCCUAUUCCUAUGUCUAUCGUGGUGAUAAUGAAAUGAUGCCCACCAAUGCCAAGGGCGAAGUGGAGCUCAAUGAUGUCGAUUAUCUGGACACUUGGCGUGCCAUGGAAAAGCUCGUCGAACUGGGCUUGACCAAAAGCAUUGGCGUCUCCAAUUUCAAUUGCGAGCAAUUGACACGUCUGCUGGCCAAUUGCAAAAUCAAGCCAAUACAUAAGCAGAUCGAAUGUCAUCCAGCUCUGAAUCAAAAGAAAUUGAUUGCGUUGUGUAAACAGCAUGAUAUCGUUGUCACCGCCUACUGUCCCCUGGGCAGACCAGAUCCCGCCAAGAAGCAGCCAGGUUUCAUCUACGAUAGUAAAGUGCAGGCCAUUGCCGAUAAGUACAAGAAAUCAACGGCUCAAGUGGUGCUCCGUUAUCUGAUCGAAAUUGGCACUGUGCCUUUGCCAAAGUCAUCCAAUCCCAAGCGUAUUGAGGAGAAUUUCAAUAUAUUCGAUUUCAAAUUGGAUGCAGCGGAUCAUGCAGUGCUGGACACUUAUAAUUCAGGGGAACGUCUUAUUAAAAUGGAGCAUGCCCUUAAAAGUAAAAAUUAUCCAUUCCAUAUUGGAUUUUGUUAAAAUGUUCUUAAAAGGUGUCACUCGAUAUUACAUACACAUUUAAAUUGACAUAUUUACAUAACUAAAAUAACGAAGAGAACAAGUAAAUUACUGUUUAUAAGCACA